AUGUUUGAGUUGCUUUCUGUCAAGGCAGAGUCCCUGGAGGUGAGCAGAAGGCGAGGUCCUGGCCACAGUCACUGGAGCUAUGAAGACCGGGAGCACUGGGGUGUGGACUACCUGGACUGUGGGGGCAACGUGCAGUCACCAAUCAACAUUGACACAGCCAAGACCAUCUUCAGCCCACAGCUGCGGCCGAUUCAGCUCUCUGGCUACAGCCUGCCUGCCAACGAGAAGCUCAGGCUGAGGAACAACGGGCACACAGUUCUCCUUGAGCUGCCUGAAUCACUGGCCAUCACUGGUGGCUAUGCCCAGCAGUACCGAGCUGUGCAGCUGCACCUGCACUGGGGCUCCUUGUCGGGACCUGGCUCAGAGCACACUGUCGAUGGGCGCCGCUUUGCUGCAGAGAUCCAUGUGGUCCACUACAACACCAAGUAUGACACCUUUAAGGAGGCAAUGGUCCACCCAGAUGGCCUGGCUGUACUGGGAGCCUUCCUGGAGGUUGGGCCAAGGGAAAACCCAUACUAUCAGGAAAUACUUGAGCAUCUGCACAAAAUCCAAGAAGAAGGUGAGGAAGUCUUGGUGUCUGGAUUCAACAUCGCAGGUCUGCUGCCUACCAACCUGAAACUUUACUUUCACUACAACGGCUCUCUGACCACCCCUCCCUGCUACCAGACAGUGAAGUGGACAGUCUUCAACCAGACCAUGAUGCUCUCUCAUGAACAGAUGUCAAUGCUGGUGAUGAGCCUGAGAAACGACGACAACAAACCUCUGCAGAACAAUUUCCGGAUGGUGCAGGACAUGCACGGGCGACGGGUGCUGGCGAGUUUCCAGACCACCCUCUCUUCAGCGAAGCAGCUGCCUACUGGUAAUGAUGACUCAGCAGCAACAGAGGGACACUCCAGCUCUUCAUUUCAUGCAGGGGACGUGCUGGCUGUCCUCUUUGGGAUACUCUUUGCCAUCACAGCACUGGCCUUCCUACUAUACAUCUACAAGCACCGCAGCCAGAACACACGGCUGGACUCACCAACCAAAUCCAAGGUCAUCUACACAGCAGCCACCACAGAGAACACUGCGUGAGCUGUGCACCUCUGCUGUGGUCCCAGCCCCCCUGAUUCAGUCUGCCACCCCACAUCCCCUCACUGACCCCCCUGGGCCAAGGGAAGGCCAGUGCUUCAGCAUCCCCUGGCUGCCCACACAGACUGUUUGCCUGGGGCAGCAUCUGGCCCCAGUAGAUAUUUUUGUUAUAAAAAAAGGUAAAAACGUG